AUGUCCAUGACAGAGAGCGCUUACGACAUAUCACAACACUUCCGUUGGAGCCCAGAUUAUGAUUCAGUUUUGGAGCAAAUCGCCGACUCUGACGUAGUAGAGCCCAGGACAGAAUGGGAUCUGCUACGCGACAUGAUCAAAUACAAGGUGGAUCAGAAUAUCGCCCUCUUUCUAGCAGAUCCGCCGCCUCACAAUGCAUUGGAGUUUCAAUCGCUGUCCGAGGACCUCCUGAAAGCUGGUAACUUGAAGUUACCACCGUUCCCUCUUCGCGAACAGAAUGAACACAACCACAACGAGGUACCAAAAGCGUACAUGAACCAACAAGAAGCAGACGUGAUCAAAAGCUUCAUUUUCAGCCAACUGCAUGAAUUUGAUGAAUCCGGGUGUAGCGAUCCUCCUUUCACAAUCCAACGCGUCUGUGAGCUUUGUGUACGGCCAAAACAGCAUUACAAAGCUCUCGGAAAGUAUCUUCGAGCGGUAGAGAAAUCAUUGCUCGUUACGUCCUCGUGGAACGCUUUCCCCACGGAAUCUGAAUCCAGCCAAGACGGCCCAACGAGAUCUUCAUUAUCCAUGACAGCUGGCUUCCUAUCAACACCGACUACUCCACUCUUCUCUCCCAUAUUUUUUCAUCACGAAGAUGCACGACGCUCAAAGUCACAAAGUCCUCCUCCGUCACCACUAACACUAAGUGCCAUGGAAUCUAUGGGGCAUGUCGAACCUUUGGAAGGGAUGCCACCCAAAGCACUUGGCCUAGUAGACGAAUUGGACGACCCAAGCCCAGGGCACUUCAGUAAUCAUCCAACAGCUCUUACAGCUGUCACCACGGUGGGCUCAAAACCUUUCUUGGAUAGCCUGGAGGCAAGGUUCGUAAGAGGAGCGAGACAACAUGAUAUGGAGAGCAGUGAUCAAAGAAUGGCAGACGGAGCGGGGGACAAGGAAAAUAUAGGUUGA